AUGGCCACCUCUAGCUCUUCAGGGCCUACGUGCCGCGAUUUGGACAACACAAUGCGCUGGGAUGCGGGUUCGUGUCGCGGAGGAUUUGACUUUUCGCUCUUGUUCGAGGAGACAAUCCUCGGUCUUCUUCCCAUCGCCUUGAUUUCAAUUCUGGUUCCGUUACGGGUAUGGCAACUUUCGCAGAAACGACGCAAAGUUGUGGGAUCAUGGUUACUUCCACUCAAACUUGCCUCGUGGUUUUUCUUUAUUGGACUCGGAAUCGCGCAAACUGCCUUAUGGGCUUUUCCCACCGCUGAUAAAACCAAAGCUUCCAUUGCGACUAAUGCUGUGCUCACCGUUGGGGCGUUGAUGCUCUGCACACUCUCUUAUGCAGAGCACACGCGGUCUGUCCGACCCUCGUUCAUUUUAAACGCAUACCUGUUCUGCAGUCUACUUUUCGAUAUCGCGCGGGCCAGAACUCUAUGGCUCAGGGCUGUUGAUGAGCUUAAUGAAGUCAUUGCAGUUGUUACUACCGUCGCAGUGGGAGGAAAACUGCUUCUUGUGGUUCUGGAAGCUAUCGAAAAGCGUCAUAUUCUGAAGACUGAGUUUACAGGGUACCCACCAGAGGCUACCGCUGGCUUCUACAACCGAGCUCUCUUUUGGUGGUUGAACCCACUGUUUAGGACAGGUUUCAGCAAUGUCCUUUCUGUGGAGGACCUUUUCGUGCUGGACAAGGAGUUGAGCUCCGAAAGACUUCUGGCUUUGUUUGAAGAGAGAUGGAGUAAAGUAAAAUCCAAAUCCCCAAACACUUUACAAUUUGAGUCAUUCAAGGCUGCCAAAUCGCCACUUCUAGCAGCUGUUCCAGCUCGCGCAUGUGUCGUUGCUUUCAACUUUUGCCAGCCAUUGCUUCUGACUCGAUCAUUGUCAUUCUUUGAUGAGCCAGUGAACAAUGCGACCAACAAUGUUGGAUAUGGGCUGAUCGGCGCUUAUAUCUUGGUCUACACUGGCUUAGCUGUGAGUGGUGUCAUUUUCGAACAAUCAACGCAGCAAUCAUUUCUAACAGUAUCGAAGGUCUCAAUGGGACAAUACCAGCACAACACGUACCGUGGUAUUACCAUGGUUCGCGGUAUUCUUGUCACUAUGCUAUACAAAAAGGCUAGCAGCCUCACCCUCAACGAAGCUGACCCCGCCAAUUCCAUCACCCUGAUGAGCGCUGAUGUCGAACGUAUUACUCAGGGCUGGCAAACCAUGCAUGAGAUCUGGGCCAACUCCGCCGAGAUCGGGCUGGCCAUCUAUUUGCUGGAGCGACAGCUUGGAAUCUCAUGCGUUGUUCCCGUCUGUGUCGCUCUGGUCGCGCUAGUUGGAUCUCUCAUUGGAAUGUCGUUUGUGGUAUCCAGGCAAGCCAAAUGGCUCGAAGCCAUUGAGCGUCGCAUCUCGUCUACUUCUGGUAUGCUGGGCUCUAUCAAAGGUGUUAAAAUGCUUGGCCUGCAGGAUUCGUUCAUGAAAUUUGUGCAUGGCCUUCGCAUCGACGAGUUGAAUAUCUCAAAGAAGUUCAGAACUCUUUUGGUCUAUAACAUGGGUUUUGCUUGGCUGACUCGCAUCUUCGCCCCAAUCUUCACUUUCGGUGUGUACGUCGCCGUCUCCGACUCAACACUGAAUGUUUCCCGGGUUUUUACCUCAUUGUCACUCUUUUCACUUCUCGCUGAUCCUCUCCUUACGCUCGUCAUGGCUUUGAUGUCUUUCGCUGGCUCGGUUGGGUCAUUCGCUCGUAUCCAGGAGUUUCUCGACAAGGAUGACCACUCUGACCAGCGACGAAAUGCUCCUCAAAUUGCCUCUCUCGAAGAUCUUGGCGAGGCCAAACUCCUUUCUAAAUCUGGUGAUUUGGACAUAUAUUCAAGCAACUCCGGCUCUGUUGAGUCUUUGAAGCGCGGCUCCACUUCUUCCUUCUCAGCCAAUGCCGCUAUAAUCCAGAAUGGCACCUUUGGAUGGGAUGCUGGGAAGGAGCCUGUCCUGAAGGACAUCACAUUGACUAUUCCUCGUGGUAGCUUUACUAUGCUGGUUGGACCUUCUGGCUGCGGCAAAUCAACUCUUCUGAAGGCCCUCCUGGGAGAGAUCCGAUGUGAAGAAGGAAAGGUUGAAUUGACUUCACCAAGUGUAGCAUUCUGUGACCAGACGCCGUGGCAUAUGAACGGGACCAUCAAGGACAGUAUCGUUUCUAUGUCAGAAUACGACCCCAAGUGGUAUUCAUCCGUCAUUCAAGCAUGUGCGCUCGAGGAAGAUCUUUCACAGUUCCCUCGUGGCGACCGAAGUGUCAUUGGAAGCAAAGGUGUUGCUCUCAGUGGCGGUCAAAGCCAACGUAUUGCGCUUGCCCGCGCGGUCUAUGCCCGAAGAAAGAUUAUUAUUCUGGAUGAUGCCCUUAGUGGUCUUGAUGCCACCACAGAAAGUCACAUUUUCCACUAUCUUUUCGGGAAUAUGGGCCUAUUGAGGGAGAUUGGUACUUCAGUUAUCGUCGCUUCAUCGUCUGUCAAGCGUCUGCCCUAUUCUGACCACAUUGUUGUACUGGAUAAGACCGGUCGCAUCGCUGAGCAAGGUAGCUUCAGUGCACUCAAUAAGACCGGCGGAUACGUCUCCAGCUUUGACUUAGGCGCACCGGAUUGGGACUACAAGCCGAAGAGGUUUUCUGCGUCUCCGAGUUACAGCACUGUCGAUUCUGUCGAGAAGGAGAAAGAGGCCAUCAUCCCGGAGCCUGAGAACCGUGACGCGGGCGGUGAUCUCUCGAUCUAUACCUAUUAUAUCAACGCAAUCGGGUGGCUGUCUGCCCUUGUCUUUAUGGUUGCCAUGGCCAUCUUCGUCUUCUGCAUCUCCUUCCCCAGCAUCUGGUUGAAGUGGUGGGCCAACUCGGACACUGCUGAGCCAAAGCAACAAGUUGGGUAUUACAUGGGUAUCUACGUUAUGCUGGGCUGUAUUGCCAUGUUCGCCUUGAUUGUAGGCUGCUGGCAGAUGAUUAUCACCAUGGUCCCAAAGUCUGGUGAGAGCUUUCACCGCACGUUGUUGCAGACUGUUCUUAGCGCUCCGAUGCUGUUUUUUUCAACGACAGACAGUGGUAAUAUCCUCAAUCGCUUCAGUCAAGACCUACAACUCAUUGAUAUGGAACUUCCCAUUGCUGCCAUCAACACUGUCGCCACUUUCUUCCUCUGCCUUGCCCAGAUGGCCCUCAUCGGCGUUGGCUCGAAGUAUGCCGCAAUCUCAUUCCCGUUCGUCCUUGGGCUCCUUUUCCUCAUCCAGAAGAUGUACUUGCGCACUUCUCGGCAAUUACGUUACUUGGAUCUCGAGGCUAAAGCCCCAUUGUACUCUCAUUUCACUGAUUGUCUUCAGGGCCUCGUUACACUACGAGCCUUUGGCUGGCAGCAUGGCAUGGAGAUGAAAAACAUCGAGCUCCUUGACUACUCGCAACGGCCAUUCUACUUUAUGUUUGCGAUUCAGCGCUGGUUGACACUAUCUUUGGAUCUUGUUGUCGCAGGUAUUGCGGUGCUGCUAAUUGUUCUGGUUGUCGUCCUACGUGGAACCAGUCUGGGCGCUGGAUCUGUUGGGGUCGCCCUCCUCAAUGUCAUUCAGUUCAGUCAGAGCAUCAAGCUCAUGGUGACCUUCUGGACCAACUUGGAGACUCACAUUGGCUCCAUCAUGCGUGUGAAAGAAUUUACUCACAAUGUCGAUUCAGAGGACUUGCCUGGGGAGGAUGGUGAUAUUCCUCCCAACUGGCCGUCGAAUGGUGCAGUGUCUUUCCAUUCAGUAUCCGCGGCCUACAGACCCUCAGAGCCGGUUCUCAAUGAUGUGUCUCUAUCUGUCUCGGCAGGAGAGAAAGUCGGCAUUUGUGGACGAACUGGAAGUGGCAAGACUUCUAUGAUUAUGAGCAUCUUCCGAAUGAUCGAAUUGACUAGCGGUAUUAUCACCGUGGACGGUGUUGACAUCACCAGCCUCCCUCGCCGCGAAAUUCGCUCACGCAUCAAUGGCGUCUCCCAAGACUCACUGCUGUUCAAGGGCAGCAUUCGCCUCAAUGCCGACCCAACCGGAUCGAGCACCGACCAAGAUAUUCGCAAUGCGCUCAAAAGCGUGCAGCUCCUCCCUGUGAUCCUUGAGAAGGGAGACCUUGACUCGGACAUGGACGAGAUCCACUUGUCGCACGGACAAAAACAGCUCUUUUGUCUCGCACGCGCACUCCUUCGCCAGGGGAACAUCCUCAUCCUCGAUGAGGCCACCAGCAACAUCGACGCGAAGACAGAUGAUAUAAUGCAACGCGUCAUUCGCGAGAAGUUCUGCAACCACACCAUCAUCGCGGUCGCGCACAAGCUCGAUACCAUUCUCGACUUUGACCGCGUUGUGGUGCUGGAUGCCGGCCGGAUUGUUGAAACCGGAGAGCCAUACGCGUUGCUCACAGAUCCCAAGUCGCACUUCGGUCAACUAUAUGCGAGCAGUAUGGCGACUGAGGACGCGCAAUAG